CUCACAAUGACCUCGGUUGAAGAAUUGAAGGAGCGAGCAAACAAUGCGCAUCGCAGAAAGUCCUAUCGACAGGCAAUACAGCUGUACAGCCAGGCGCUGGAUUCCAUUACGACUGUGGAAAUUAAAAGACAAAUUCUCUCUAGUCGUUCACAAGUUUACCUUGACUUUGGUGAUCUUUACGCUGCACGUAGAGAUAAUGAGCUUGCACUUUCCUCGGAUUACACGACCCCCGACUCGCCCAAGGCUUUGACAGCUACCUGUUGUUCCCAGCAAGCAAAAAUUAUGUACAAGUUCUCCAGAUACAAUGAAGCACAGACAUGCCUGGAGCAAUGUGAAAGCCUUAAAAAAUCAGUCAGCGCCUCGCGUUUAUCUGAUACGGAGAUACAACUGCUCAUAGACAUCGAUGUCGCCCUAUCGCGUCCCGAGGAUAGGGACGAGAGACGUAAAGACGAGCUUCUCAGAGCCCUCGAUUACCGCGGAGCAAUAGUCGAAGAGGAUCACCGCGGCACGUUCCCCCACCAUCCAGACCCGUAUAUUGCUGCUAUGGAAGAUCCCAGCGACCUGUUCGAAUUCGACACGGACGAUGGUCGCCCCUACCAGAACCUUCGUAACCCAGAUGUAACGCCCUUAUGUGUGCCGCUCAAGCUUGUCCUUCCCGAAUUCCAUCACAACCCAUUCCGUCCUGGAGAAACAUGCGUUGUAAAGACGCGUGUCACGGAAGACACAGACAUGUACGAGGCCGUGGACGGCACCCUCUCAACCUACUUUUCACAUAUGCUACAUCAUCACGAGCCGGCAUCGCUCUCCCAUGCUGAACUCGUGGCGCUACAAUCCCGACACAUGAUUUUCGUAGGCGCUGUCGCCAUCAUCAUCACAAGAGAGGGGCGGUUCUUGGAAAUCCCCCCUUCAGCGACAGUGCAAGAUAUCUGGAAGGGCGGUAAACUGCCCCGGAAGACUCCUUGUCCUUUCCGAGACUUGAGACCCGUCCCGAAAGUGCUCAGUCCAGAUCAAAUCGAUGGUAUCUCUGUUUCAAGUCAGCGUUCCAUCGAUAUCCUCGUCUUUCCGGGUCCCAAGGAUGAGCUGACUCAUAAGUUACGUGUCUUCGCAGAACAAAUAGACCGCAUGCGGGAGAUCAUGGAAAUUGAGAUGGCCGCAAGGACGUGAAGUCCGCAGGGCUCUGACAAUGACACAGAGGUGAUGGUUGCAUUUCUGGUGCAAAAUUUCUUGGGCGGUAUACCCUGGAAGCCGAGAGAGGCCUUGUAUUUUGUAUCCGACCGUCGAACAACGUAAGGGUUAUGGUCGUGUGGCUGUGAAAUACCUUGUACGCGACGAAAGGAAGCAAAUUCUGAACGAUCGCAAAUUUGAAAUUUGUAUGCUUUUGCUCCUCCUUUGCUCCGCUUUUCUCUCUUUUGUUGUUAGACAUCGAUUUGGGAGCAUUGGAGCAACAGGGACCCAUCUGCCAAUAAUUACCCGUGGAAUGAAACCUAAACAUUCGAACAAUAGACAAACAAGGUGCACUGCGAAGCUCGACUGGGCCUUACCCUGCACACGACUCGCCCUUCACAGCCCUUUUUGUUCUUUUUGUUUUCCCCACAGAACUUAUGACUAUUACAAGCAUCAUUCGGUACCUCCUUAUAAGACAACA